AGCCAGUAUAUACAGAUUAUGAUACAAGACUUAAUUUAGUAAACUUGAAUAAAAUAUUUUUAAAAAAAAUACUUAGAAGGAAAGUGAAAGCUUUUCACUUCCUUCAAUGAAAAUAAAUUGAAGCCCUUGCUUAUAUAAACAGUCAGAGUCUCAGUUGAAGCUGUGAGUCAACAUCCUGACAACCCUGGCGAAAGAAGCAGCUCCCCAUGCGAUCUUUCUGGAGCAAACUGAGGACAAGAGACUCAAGGAGGCAACCAUGGCUAUUGCAGACUAUGACACUGAUGAAUUGCUGAACAGAGAAAAAAGGAAACAAGAUCUCCAAGAGCUACUAAAAAAUGUUGGACUGGACACUAAGUUUUGGUUGCCCAAAUUUCAGGAACACCUGGGUGUGACCUGUGCACUGGCCUUACAAUAUUUAGAAGGAAAAGAUCUCAAGGUCUUGAAAUCCCUGGUGAAGCAUCCAUGGGAAAAGAAAGCCCUGGAGAAGCUGUUUGAGCUGUCACACUCAAAUAUUCACCAAGAGCUACAGGAGUCACCAAUGGAGACGAUAAAAAAAAGGCAAAAGCAAGCAGAACAAGCACUUCAGGAGCUAAAGAACAUGUUUUUUGAAGGAAGGCAGAGACAGGAAGAGCCAGUAAAGAGGAAAGAAGCAGAGCUGAGGCAAACAGUGGAGAUCCCUGAAGAGUACUGGCCAUUGCCUGAAAAGCCCUUCAAGGAAGUCAUAGAAAACAUUCAGAGACACCUCAGUCUCAUAGAACAGUCUUUGUCUCAUAGGAAAACUCUCUCAGAUAGAGAUUUGGUGAGAUGGGCAUCUGGAGGCCUUGCCCUGCAGGGAAUGUACCAAACCAGGCAACAAAGUGACCUGGUAUACAAUAGAGAAGAUCUAAUUAGUGUCCCCAAGGAAUUCUCACUCUUGGGACCUCAGCAAGGCACAAAGAUAGAAACAAAAGAAUUUACAUCCUCUGAAGCAGAAUCCUUGUUCACUCAGACAAUGGACAAGCUGGGAUUCAGUGUAACUGCCUCAUCCAAAGUUAGAGGAUGGGGUUUUAGUUUAGAAGGUGGCACAGAUAAAAACCAACAUUCAGAAUCCAAGGAAACACAUCAAUUACAUUCUGAGCACUCAUAUUUUUGUUCAACCAAGUUCACCUACAUCCCCCUGGCCUGCUGUCACUUCCCCACUGAUCAACUGCAGCUCUCUAAGGCUGCUCUCCAGGAACUGAAAUGCAUUGAAGACCUAUUGGAUAAUAGUGCACCACCACUGCUGAAGCAAAUGACUGAAAACUUCUUCCACAGGUUUGGUUCUCAUGCUAACAAAGGGCCUGUGCACCUUGGAGGAAUCUACUGUUGGAAGGCAAUUUCAGAGGGUUUCCAAAAGGAGCAACUAGAAGAGGUCAAGCAGCGGGCAUCAGAGGCCCUGGAUACUUUCAUAAGGGGCAGCUACUCUGGCUUUGGAGUGCAAGUUGCUGCAAGCAUGACUCUAUCAGAAUCACAUUCAGUGAAAGCCUCUCAGAGCAAAACUCUUCACAACCAUCAAACCAAUGUCAAAUUGUCUGUGGCCCAGAUUGGUGGCCCACCAGAGGCAGAUGGCCUUGCCCAGUGGAAAGCUGGUCUUGUGUCCAACAAUCAAACCUGGUGUGUCAUUGACAGGGGCCUUCAGCUGGUGCCAGUUUGGGACAUCAUUCUGUCCAACCACAGAAGUGAUUUUAAGGAUGCUCUAAAAGUGGCCAAAUGUGUAAAAGAUAAUUACACUGCUCUGACUGGCCUCAGUGCCCAGAUCCAAUAUGGAGAGGAAUUACUGAGUGCUGAGGAGGAAGCUAGAGUUUUCCUGCAGGAUGUAAAAUACUGGGAAGUAUCAGAUCCUGAAGAACAGCUUAAAAACCUGAUGAAUCUCAUGCAAAGGUUGUGUGAAAAAAUAACAAGUUAUGACAUUUGGAUUAAUGUAUGCCUCACAAAUUCAGAUCUGCAGAAUUUCUUGGAAGAUACUGUCAAUUUUUGCAAGACAUCUUCCAUUUGUGAAACUCAAUGUAUUAAAUCUCAGCUCCGCACACUUCUGGAUCCUCAUGUGUACAAAGUGACAAGCUUUCCUCAGGCUCGCUCCAUCAUGCAGUGGAUCUACCAGUCAGAGUCAAAGCAAGAGGAAGUCAACAUCUCCCAAUUUUCAGAAUUAAUUAAAAUCUUACAAACAAAUCUCAAUGACCUCAUGGAAGUGAAGGUCACAUUUGAUUCCCCAGAAACAAUGCAAAACGCUCAAAGAAAAGUCACUACCAAAGUCACCCUUGCUCUUACAUGCUUUGUGAACCACCUUAGGAAGGUAAAGCACACAGACACACAGCUCUUGUUACUUUGUAUUGCAGCUGGUUCAGGCUAUCACAUGGUUCACAAUAUUUUUCAGUAUCUUCUGGGUUGUGAUGAGUUAAACUUUCUACUGGAGAAAAUGCAGACUGCUCAUAGUAAAUACCAAGAGCUUAAAAAUAUUAGCAUCUCCAGGUCUCAGGCAUUCCUAGUGCUUACUUGUCUGACAGCAUCAGUUGAAAUCACAGCUGUUUCUCCAGAAGAAAAAACACAGCGCAUGGCAUUGAUCAGAGAACAUAUGGGCCAAUCCCUGUCCAAAGAAGUUGCACAUGUCCUCAAGAAACAUGAAGCAAGUCACAACUGGGACGACCUGGAAGAAGAAUUGAGAUUGAUCCUUCAUGGGAAUGAUAAAGACAUUAGUUCAUCUUUACAAAUAGACAAGAUCAAAAAACAAUUGCAAAGUCUGCUUGAUGGCAAUAAAAAGACAUAUAAAUCACAUGAUAAGGACGAUACUAAACAGGAGGUGAUACAAAAUGGAGCCUUCCAAAAUUUACUCCAGCGACUAGGCCUAGAACAUGACUUCCCCAAAAGGAUGGUCAGAGCUAACUUUCAUCAGAUCUAUAAGACUUCUGUCUACAAAACCUAUCUCAGCUCUGAACAGGAGCUUCCUUUCUAUUUCCUACAGAAGCUACUGAUGCUUGAUUAUGGAUUGAGAUAUCUGGCCUGCAGAGAAAAAGAAAACUUAGAACAUCAGAUUUAUCCAAGCACAUUUGAACAGAAACAUGAAACUUCCGAUCCAUAUGAAGAUUUUUUUAAUGAUGGCAACAGUCCUGUCAUCACUAAGCACAGGCCUCACAUUCAUCCAAUGGAUAUCCAGAUGGCAAUUUUUCACUGUGCAGAUGACUUUGCCAGACAAUAUAUUCUGGGGAAACUUUCUAUUUGUCAAUUUGCCCUCCCCCUUUUGGUGCCUAACCCUUGUACUUCACAAAUUGAAUUCUCUCUUUGGUGUCUCAAACAAAUUAGGAGGACUUGGCAGCAUAACAGCAAAUCACUUAAAGGAAAGAAGCAGAGUUUUAACAAUCAGCAAAUGUGUCAUGUAAGUGCUUCUAUUGUAUCCUUCAUUAGAGUUGGAAAUGGCCUCUCUGCUUCCAAAUCUCAAAUCAUGAACUGUCUUCUCAGUAAACGAAAACAUGAUGUGUUUUUUCACCGACACUCCAAAGGCAGCAGCAAAGACUGUCUUUUGAUGGAGGGUGUGGUGGAAGUUUGCUGGUACUGUCCUGGGGAAGAAGAUGAGGACAGAUUUGACAACUGUGUGACCUUCACCAAUCUUCAUGGAGAUGCAAAAAACCACCCACGGCAGCUUGCUUUCCUGAAGGAGGUCUCUUCUCUCAUUGUGAUCCUCAUGUCAGCCUCAGAUAACAAUGAAGAAAACAAGAAAAUUGUCCGUGACCUGUGGCAGUCAUCACAAUUUUUGAUCUGCUUGCUGGAUGACAAAGAAAAAAACAUGGUCGAUAAUUCUGGCAGAAGAGUAAGAAUUGGUAUCAGGAAUACAAACGAGGCAGACUUAACAGAAGAGAUCACUAUUGCAAUCAGACGUUUACUAGAGCUCUCUGACACUGCUCGCAGCCUGGAAGACUGUUCUCCCAUUGCUCGCAAACAAGGAUUCCUGAUUGAUGAAGACCAUGGGGACUGCAAAGAAGGCAAAGAAAAGGCAGAGAUUAUAAUGGCCCUCCUGAGAGAAGUGAACUUAUCUGACAUAAAGAGAAAUUUACUACCCCUUCAGGGACAACUGUGGCAUCUUUGGUGUAAAAAGGACAAAGAACUCUAUCAUCUAAGAGAGAAAGGGAACAAGAGCAUUGAACAACACAAGAGUGAGCUUGAGAAAGAAAAACAAACAAUAAGGCGACAACAGUUGGAAAAAUCUCUCAAUGACCUUAUGCGAACUUUUCUGCAAAUUUUGCAAAAACAUGCAGAAACUCAUGUCAUACUCUACAUUUUGCAGUGGCUCAGUGACUUUUUGGAGAGUUUUACUGCAGGACACUUGGAAAAUCUGCAUGACAAACAAAGACAUUUGUGGUCAAAGCUUCAAACAGAAAAGCAAAAAGCAGUGAAGUGUAAUUCUUUAGAUCAGUGGCAAAAUGAAGUGGAAGCCAUCUCCACAGAGAUCAGUGACUGUACCUUAGGAAUUGAACAGCUUCUCAGAGAAGUUGCGCAGCUUUAUGAAGCUCUGGAAGAAAUUUCUUCCCAAAGAGAUGCUGUUUUUCUCUCCCUUCCCCAAAUUGCUGCAGACCUGAUGCUAUCUGGCUUGCCCAUUGAGCUGAUGGAUGGAGAUGCAUCCUAUGUGCCUCUAAAAUGGGUGUCAGCUGUGUUUGACAAGGUCUCUGAGAAACUUCCAGGCAAGAGACUGUUUGUUCUUUCUGUUCUGGGCCUGCAGAGUUCAGGGAAGUCCACCCUGCUGAAUUCACUUUUUGGGCUACAGUUCAGGGUCAGUGCAGGCAGAUGUACCAGGGGGGCCUACAUGCAGCUCCUGAAGGUGGAAGAGAUCUUUGCACAAGAACUUGGAUUUGAUUUUCUGUUGGUUGUAGACACAGAAGGACUCAAGGCCCCAGAACUCAACAACAAAUCCCAGAAUAGGGACAAUGAGUUGGCAACCUUUGUCAUUGGACUUGGAAACUUGACUCUGAUCAAUAUAUUUGGAGAGAACCCUUCAGAGAUGCAAGAUAUCCUACAAAUAGCUGUCCAAGCCUUUCUGAGGAUGAAACAAGUGAAAAUCUCACCAAGUUGCCUCUUUGUCCAUCAGAAUGUAGGGGAAGUUACAGCAAAAGAGCAAACCAUGGAAGGAAGGAGGCGGCUACAGCAGAAACUAGAUGAAAUGGCAGCGAUUGCUGCUGAGCAAGAGCAGUGCUCCAAUGUGUCCUGCUUCAAUGAUGUCAUUAAGUUUGAUGUCAAUACUCAUGUCCGCUACUUUGCUCACCUUUGGGAUGGCAACCCCCCAAUGGCCCCUCCUAAUCCUCUCUAUAGUCACAACAUCCAAGAACUGAAAAGCACAAUUCUUUUGAUGGCUAAACAGGAAUCAAGGAAAAAUAUCAUAAGAAUAUCAGGUAUGAAAUCCCGAAUUGAAGAUUUGUGGAGAGCCCUGGUCAGUGAGAACUUCAUUUUCAGUUUCAGAAAUACCCAAGAGGUCAUGGCCAUGAGCAAACUGGAAACCAUGUACAACCAGUGGUCCUGGAAGCUGAGGAGUCACGUGCUGCACUUGCAGAAUCAGCUGAACAAUCAGAUUCAGAAUGGAAAAAUCCAGACAUUGGAGAGAAGCUCACUUGAAGGUCCAGUUACAGAAAAAUAUGCCACCAUUAAGGAAGACCUUGAGAAGUAUUUUAAGGAAGACCCAGAGAGUGAAAUUCUGAUUCAAUGGAAAGGAAAUUUUGAAAAUAAGUUACAAAUUCUUAAAGAAACACUUAUUUCGGAAGCCAGAAAAGAAGCCAAUAGACGUAUUGAUCUUAAAAGAUGUCAGGAAAGGCUGGAUAAGAAAAAGAUGGAUUAUGAAAAUGAAAUAUUGCAAAGGAGUCGAGAGUUGGCUUUAACUGUAAAAGGUAAAGAAUUGAGUGAGGAGGAGUUAAGGAUGAAAUUUAAUGAACUUUGGAGUAAAUGGGUCCAUGAUAUAUCCUCAAAUCUUCCUCCAGCGGUAGAGCCUCAGAUUGAGGUAGAUUCUGAGAAUGUUCUUUUGGAACAUUUCAAAAAGGAGAAAAACAUAGUGGACAUGAUACAAACAAAUUCUGGAAAGAAAUUUGAAAUAAAUUAUGAGAAACAUAUCAAAAGAGGUAGGUGGUAUUUCGUUUUUAAACAUGAUUUAGAGGUAGCAGACAGAGAGUUAAUUAGUGUGACUACUAAACGCAUUUCUACAAGAGUUGAUGAAACUAUUGACAAUAUUUGGAAGCAAAGUCGUGAUUACAAUGUAAAUGAUUUUCAUGAAAUUCUGACAAUAAUAGAAGAGGAAGUGAAAUCUGCACCUACAAAUGAAAGGUUCUCAUUUACAAGCAGAUACAGCAUAGAUUUAUCUUUGCAUUUAUUCAAAAGAGCAUCAAAAAGUUUUAACGAAAUGCAUAGGGCUUUCAAGAGAGCAAAUGAUCCUGUAAUCUAUCUGGAAAGUAAAAAAGAUGAUUUCUUCACAAGUUUCAAGAUCUCCUGCCAAGGAGCAACCUCUGUCAAGUCAUUUGUAGACUUUCUGUGGAACAAGCUCAUUCCUGCUGUAUCUACCACCAUAUGGGAAAACAUGGCUACUACAAUUGCUGGGGACAUGCAAGCUACCUGCCCUGCAUUCAAUGGAAACAGGGCUAAGCUGGAAAAACAUAUUCUCAUGUCUCUGGCAGAGGAAGAAAAUUUUGAUAAUUACUGGCAAUACAUUCAUGAUCCAAAGUCCUUUUUCAGGAUUUACAUUGUAAAGCAGAUUGAAAGAUAUUUUUCUGAAAAGGGCUAUGAAAAAUUAAAGACUUUUUUAAAAAUAAGUUUAGACAACAUCAAAAGUGCCAUCCUCUGUGCUAUUCAAGACUCCACAACACAGGCCAAAGAUAAAAGCAGCUCUGUAUCUGAGUGGUUGGAUUUCUUCUGUGAUCAUCUGGGGAACAAGUUGAUCUUUCCACGAGCAGACUUGAGAGGCAUUGAACACCAGGAGCUAAAAGAUAUUGAUUUUCUCAAAGAAGUCAUGAGAGAAGCAUUAGACGGUGCAAUAAAAAAGGCAGAAGAAAAGUUUUUAAGUAUACCUAUAGAUGAAAUGUUUCCUGUAAUUGAAAAAGUCCUCUCUGAUCAACUUUGUGGGUGCUGGAAACAAUGUCCCUUCUGUAAAUCCAUCUGUACCAACACCAUUGCUACACACGAAGGAGACCACAGUGUUCCAUUCCACCGUUCUAAGGCUGUCACAGGAACGAGAUGGUAUAAAACAGAUGAGUUUUCCAUUGACUUCUGUUCUACUGCAGUGGCAAGUGAUGUUGUGUUUAUUUUAGAUGACAACCGGAGAAUCCCAUACAAGACCUAUCGGCAGGCAGGAGGGGACUAUGCCACUUGGAGCAUCACCCCGGAUUCAUCCUUGCAACCAUAUUGGAAAUGGUUUAUCUGUCAUUUCAGAUAUAAUUUAGAAGAAAAAUACCAACUAAAAUUUAAAAAUCUAGGUGAAAUCCCUGAUUCAUGGGCCAAAAUCACAAAGGAAGAUGUACUUAGUGACUUGAGACAAUAACUCAGGUAGCAAAAAUAAAAAGUAAAUAAAUAAGACUCAACACAGAAGAUGUGUCUGGUAUCUGAACAAAACGACCAUAUUCUGAUACCACACUAAAACAUAUCUUCCUCACAGCUGGAACUUUCAACUGCCCUUUUUAAGAUGAAAUAUAUGAGAGUGAGUCAUUUAACCUUCUAGAAGUUGAAUCUGUUCUCCUAUAGAAGAAAGUCUUUUUCUCUCUGUAUCAGCAACUCUGGUUUAAAAUCAAAUUACUAAAAUAUAUGACCUUUUGAUAAAAUUAGUUUAAUCACUGGUUUCAUUCUUAAAAAUACUGCCCUAAAUAUUUUGUAAAAUAUAUGAUAUUCUAGGAAAUUCACUUUAAUAGAAAAUUAUUUUUUAUUUUUAUUUCUAUUUUUGUCUUUUUGAGACAGGGCAUUGCUAUGCAGUACAGGCUGGCAUUAAGCUCACUUCAUAGCCCAGGAUGGUUUCGAACUUCUGACCAUCUUCCUGCCUCAGCCUGCUGAGUGCUGGAAUUAUGGGCCUGCACCACACGUCUGGAUUAACAGGAAAUCUAAAUUCAUUUAAGGCUGUCACAAAUGUUUUUGUAAAGUAACUAUAAAGAUAAGUGAACAAAUAUACAUAUUCUUGAUGGAAGCUAAAAAUUGACUCUCAGGUUUUUAAGGGAAUUUCACUAUUUCAAGUUUGAGAAAACAUUAUCAAACCUUAAUUAUAAAACCAUUCCUGGAAAUUUUAUGAUACUUAAGCAUAGCAAUAUUUAAGUGUAUUGUUAUUUAUGCAAGAAUAAAUCACAGAAUUUACCAAAUUAAAGACUUUAUCUAAAACAAAACAGUUAAUAUUCAUUUUGCAUGUAUACAUCUGAUAGUCUGAGUAACUCUUUUGAAGGUAACUAUGCAAAAUAACAACUUUAAUUAUAUUCCUACCACUUUGUUUGAAAGCCCAUAUUGUUAUUGUUUUGGGCUGUGUGUUAUUGUUACUGUUGCUAUUUUGUUUCUUAUUUUUCUGGUGUUUUGUUUUGCUUUCUCUCUCUUAUCCAGAAGGUAUAGAUGAGCAUUUGUAGGCUUACACAUGCCUAGAACUUGUCGUAAAGAGUUUCAAGAAUUGAUUUUAUCAUUUGUAAUGCAAUGAACAGCUACUUUGAAGAAAACAAGACAUUGUGGUAGCCAUUACUGAUUUCCUAUUAUCUUGUUUUAAAGUUUAAUAAUGCUUUUAUUCUUUGUUUAGUUUGCUUUUAGUCAAUUUUCUAUUAUUUGAUUUCAAUAUGUGCAAUAGUAUGAACAGCUGUUUUGAAGAGAACAAGAGAUAUUAUGUUGGCCAUUGUUUAUUUUCCUAUUGUCUGGUUUUGAAGGCCUAUGAUGCUUUCAUUCUUUUGAUUUGAUAAGUUUUAUACUAUUUUUUUGUUUGAAUUCACUGUGUGUGAAGAUACGGACAACUAUUUUGAAGAAAACAAGAGAAAUUAUGGUGGCCACUGUUGAUUUCCUGUUGUCUUCUUCUGAAAUCCUGUGUUGCUUAUGUUGUUUUGUUGUGAUCUGUUUGGUUUGGUUUUGUUCUUUUUAAAAUAAAAAAAGGACUUUAUCAACUCAGGAAACAUUAGUAAGCAAAGGAGACAUAUAGAAAUAAAUAACUAUUUUUUUUUCAUUUAACCAACAUUAUCUCCUUCCCUGGUAUCUGAGUAUUUCCCUAUUCACACUAUGCACAUACAGACACACAUACUCACAUUCACAAAUCUUGAAAUUCAAAGCCUGGUGCUAUGUACAACUCUGAAAAGGAUUUUCUUCUGAAUACAAUUUAUGAUGCAGGGCAAAAGCACAAUUUUAAUCAAGUCUGUGAACAACACCAAGUUUCUUUAAGGCAUUAACAAAUAUAUAAAAAUUCCUUUAAAAAUUAAAUAUACUGUUCUUAAAAACCCCAUAAUAUUGAAAAUUUAUUGGGUUGUACUUUCAUAAGCAAUUUUUUUUACAUAUAAAAGUAAUGAAAUGCUUAUUUCAAACUUAGACACUUUUGUAGCUCUUUAAUCACUUGGACUUUACUGUCAUGGUCAGAAUAAAAAUGUUGUAAACUUUGAAACCAACAAAGGACUUGAGAGGAAAGGAAAUCUUUGCUCUGUAAAUCCAUCCCUAAUGCUCAGUUUUCAAAGCUGUUGAUCUGAAGGAAACACGAUGGGAAGAAGAAAAUGUUCACAUGUUGGAUAUAAAGGUGAAGAAAUGUCUACAUGUUGGAUGUAAAGGUGUUCACUGGAUUCCACUUACAGCUGCAAAGUCUAUGUCUCUACAGGCAGUGAGGACAGACAUCCCAGGAAAGGACUGCCAAACAUUUUGAAUCCUCGGAAAUAGAAUAUGGGAGUGCUGGUUGUGUCCCCUUUGUCCCCUCCAAGGUUUUCAAGCAUGGUCUGCUUCAGGUCAGAUGACCCCUAUAUUCAGAAACCUGAGACAGAAAAAUCACAGAGAGUGUUAUUGUGCAGUAUUGCUUCCCUUUGUUCGUGAAAAAUGACCCUGGUAAGAGUCAUGAGAACAUUUCCUAACAUGAUGUAAUUGAAAUGGUGAUGGAAAUAGAAUCUGUGCACAGCACAAUUCUCAUCUCCCACAUCAAUGCACCCUUUAGAAAGUCCAAAUGUUCAGUUAAUAUUUGCUGAAUGCUUUUUACAUUUUAAAUGAAUUCUUAAAAUCUCUAAACUAAGAAAUAUCAUAGAUCCUAUUAUUUUUGAUUUUCAAGCCACAAUGAAAUCAAAAGAACUUUUUAAAUUCUAUUUCUUUUCUGUCUUGUAAUGGAAUUUUGUUUUAUUUUUAAAAAUUAAAAUUGUUUGACAAAUUC